AUGUUCCUCAAUAGUGAACGGUACUUGGACACUCUUGGUGGUAGAAUUGGGCUCUGGUGCUACCAAAUGUCUCUCGGAACUUUUACGCCUAAAGUUUGCUGCCUGCUGCUAGGUGCAAGCCUAUUUGCUUCUCUUUUUUCGAUUAUUGGGAUCGCCUUAACAGCCACGUUGCCCAUAGCUAAGGAUGACCUGUUAAGUUAUACAAUUUUCAAAGGAUUCAUAAAAGAGGCGGGGACUUUGUAUAGCUAUCAGCUAUCUAGUUGCAAAAUUGAUACAAACGGCGAAGCUACUAAAGAAAAAAUCGUUAAUUUAAUUGAGCGAAACGAGGAAAUCUGUGUGAAGUUUAACCAAAGGGGUAUCUACGUAUUCGUGGCUACUAUAAUUGCAGUUACGCUGAAUUUCAUAAUUUUAUGUCUUUCAUCCCUACUACCCGUCCUAUCCUUCAUAGCUGCAUUUUUUGGAAUUGCUGGAAUAGCUGGCCUUGUAUGGUUUGUAGUAAUAGUCAAAAACAUUAUAAAUUUAAGUCAGAACGCCUUUGGCAAGUUAUACAUAAUACCUUUGUGCUUCGAAGUUUUGGCAACCGUAUUGACUUUUUUUUACGGUUUUUACCAUACUUUGAAAGUCGAUAAUGAACACUGCUAACAAACUAAUGGUUUUGGAAAUAUAUUCU